AUGGCGUCUUGUACACUGUACUCCAUUAAAAUAGCCGUGCUAGAGGAUAAGCACGCCGACGCCCGCCAGGGUUGCAGCGCGGACGGGCCCACGGGAGAUCAGGUGCUGAGAAGGAAGGAAAAGGAAGCCGCGCGUCGCGUCCUCAGGUCGCCCACGUACGGCACCAAGAUCCUACCGUGUAUCGUCCCAGGAUUCGUCGCACUCGACGUCGACGCCAUCGGCACGGCAGACGUGGUUUCCAUUACCAUGUCACUGUCCAAUCCAUAUCAACAUGUUUUCUCGGUCACCGCCCAAGAACAUAUCCUUCUUGAAAAAACCGUCCAAAAUGUUGACUUCCUACACCCAGCGAUAGACCAAUAUGCCGACCUAAUCCGACACCAGAGUACCAGGGGCAACGUGCGAGGCCCACUGGUGGAGGCGGGAGCGGGGAGUAGCUGCGGAGGCGCGGCGAUCCGGGCGGGCGGCAUGGGGAACGCGAGCGCCAAGCAGGGGGAGAACGGCCACAUGGCGGCGUCGCCGGAGUUGGCUGCUCACAACGGCGGCGGAAGCAGCAGCUCGGCGGGAGGCGCCGCCGCGCGACCGCCGCCGCUCUUGCCUCCAGACGCCGUGAUGCUGGAGCGUCCACCGCCCGUGCCCUAUCUCUUCGCGCCGCAGGUUCCAGUGACUCCACUGCACAAACCUACUGAGUUUUCUCCCGUUUUCAACCAUUCACCGACAAAUGGCACCAGUGAAUCCAUCAACCACCACUCUCAAGAGAAGGGGAUUCCAACUUUGGUUACAUGGAGUCAAGGAGGAAAUGAGGUAUUCCUGGAAGGAUCAUGGGAUAACUGGACAUCGAGGAGGGCAUUAGAGAAGUCUGGCAAAGAUCACGCCAUCUUGUUGGUUCUGCCAUCCGGAGUUUAUCAUUACCGGAUUAUUGUAGAUGGGGAGCUGAGAUACAUCCCUGAACUACCUCAUGCAACUGAUGAAAGAGGGCAAGUGGCCAACCUCCUCAAUGUCCAUGAUUACAUUCCAGAAAGCCUCGACAGUGUAGCUGAGUUUGAAGCACCCCCAUCUCCCGAACACAGUUACGACCUGCAAUACCCGGGUGACGAGGAAUUCGCCAAGGAACCGCCCACCCUCCCACCCCAGCUUCUCAUGUCUGUCCUUGGGGACACUGAUAACACUGACAUCCAAGCUUCAAAGCCACAGCACGUCGUCCUCAACCAUCUGUUUAUUGAGAAAGGGUGGGGAUCGCAGUCGCUGCUCGCCCUCGGCAUCACCCAUCGGUUUGAAUCCAAGUAUGUGAGCUUUGUGCUCUACAAACCGCUGAAGAGGUGA